UUUUCUAUUAUUUGUCAUCUAUGUCGAAAAUGGCAGCGCCCUGAGUAAAGAAAGAUGUAAAACAACUCUAUUGUUAUUGUUAUCAUUACGUUAGUGUUUAGUAACUACUGUCACCUCAAAGCUAUGGCAAGUGAACAAAGUGAUGACGAGCUUCUAGGUAUUGGCAAUUCAAGCUCAAAUCAAGAUCAAGAUCUAGUAUCAAAAAAUGAAGCAGUUGACGAUAUAACUUGUUUAGAAGAGGAAACUUUGUUGUCGUCAGUUUCACCACCCAAUGUCGAAAGUAAAACUGAACCAAAUGAAAAUACAAUAAAAACUACUAAUAAUGAGACUAAAGUUGAUGAAAUCAACGAGUCACAGAGUGUAAACGAGUCACAUAGAGUCAAUGAAACAUCAACUACAAUCAAACCUGAUAUUACCAAUUAUAAUGCUAAACAUUUUGAAUCUGUCAAUGAUCCUGUUAUCAUCGAUGAUGAUGAUAUUUUAGAAAUUACUGAUGAUGAGGGUGAUGAAAAUCAACAGCUACCUUCUCACUUAUCUGUUAGUAGCGAUGACAGUAAUUCGAUAAAAAAUAAUAACUUUGAGCAAGAUGAUGAAGAAUAUAGUAGUGAAGAUUAUGAAGAUACAGAAAAUAGUGAGGAUGAAAGUGAUGAAUCCUGUACCAUAGAUGGGAAAGUUAAUAUAUUUUACAGUCAUGGUUCAUUGUUUAUCUGGAAUGCAGAAGAUGCACAGAUGUUAAGGGAAGAAUGCAGAAUAAUAGGCAAAUUGACUGGCAGCUUGCCUCGUGCUCCAAGACAGAACAAUCAUUUAGGUCUUCCUUUACAGCUCAUGCCUGAGGAGGCCAAGCUCCUUGUUGAAUUAGAUGCUGCAGUUGUUGUUGUUGACGAAGAUACUGUCUCAGCAAGCCUACAAAAAAUGAGAGACACUGCUUUCAAUAGAGUGCGUGAGCAAAAUAUCAAAAUUCAGCAACAGCUUUACAAGAACAGCAGAAGGCAGGAUGUCCAGCAUCGUCUUAAAGACAUCAUUGCUGGAAAGAAAGCGAAAAAACAAAAACAAUUAACACAAAAUAAAAAUGGCAGUUCCAUCAUCAGCUCCAGUGUAGAUUCUGAGUCAAGCCCCCCUAAUCAAACCCACACAUCCAAAACAAAUGCAGACCUCUGUAAUCAAACUACAGAUGCAAGCAGCCCACAAAAUCCAAGUAAAAUAUCUAAUACUGAUGGAAACCAUAUUAGUACAACCAAUGCAGAAGAAAGCCCAAAAAAUCCAAACAACACAUCUAAUACAGCUGAUAGCCUGCUUCAUUCAGGUAACACAUUCAAUGCAAAUGAAAACCUAUGUACCAACUCCGAUUCAAAUCUGGACGGCCCCAGUCCUAAAAGAGGGAAGUUAAAUGAAACAGCUGGGAGCAAUGACAACAGUGAAGACAGUUCAGACAGUGAUGAAGUUGACAACUUAGAGGUUGAUGACAUUCUCAAGGAAGAGCCGGACACUUCAGCUAAACAUUGUUUGGUGCAAAUUUUUACUGAAAAUCCUUGGCGCCAUAGUGUUCGCCCUUGCCAAGACUGGAAGUUUCCUAUGACUGAAAGGGAAAGGCUGAGAUAUUGUGUGUUCAAAGACCUGUGGGAAAAGGGCUUUUAUCUGACAUCAGGGUCAAAGUUCGGGGGAGAUUUCCUUGUUUACCCAGGAGACCCAGCUCGCUAUCACUCACAUUAUAUUGCCAUCUGCAAAACCCAACAUGAGGAAAUACAUUGUCUGGACAUUGUCACCCUCGGCAGGCUGGCAUCCAACGUGAGGAAGACAGCUUUACUCUGCACUGUGGACAGAAGCAAGAGUGUUGUCUACACUUCCUUAAAGUGGACUGGGAUCACAUAAAUAGCAAAUAAAUUUUUCAUCUAC